ACCAAACACAGUGAAAUCCAAACUGUGAUCAAGGACAGUUUCAUUUAGCUCUGCUCUCUGAUCCACCAUGAUGCUGUAUGUGAUUAUUCCACUGUGUGCUCUGCUCACUUUCACCCAACAGGUAACUUCAGGUGGUUCGUGUGUGUGUGACUUGACUAAUUCAGAGCAGCCAUUCCCUCAUGACAAACUCAGCACAGUGGAGGACAAUGCAUCAAAAUGCAACAGUAAAAUCACCCGCCAGAAGACUCUGGAACUGGAGAGUCUGCUGCUGGGUUUGGACCGACGUCUGUCCCAGCUGGAGGAAGAUGUAUCAGUUUUGGAGAAAGAGGAUGAUGGAGAACUUUAUGGAGUUCUCAGCCUGCAGGUGAUAGAGAAUGAAAUGAAAGAUAUCAAACAGCUCAUCGACAAGCUCAACAGCACCACCCUCGGACACCAGCACCUCACCACUGAAACCACUCAACAGCUGGAGGACCUGAAAGCAGAGAUGCAGGAGCUGGAGAAGUAUGACACCAUGCAGGUGGUGAAGAGUCAACAAGCCAACCAGAAUCUGAAGAGAGAUCUGGACCAGUGCAGGAAUGGACCUCAUUCCACCAUCCAACCCCCUCAACAUGGUUACUGUCCACAUGGUCAGUUUCUGAACAUCAGUGGACCCAGGGUGUACACAGCAGGAGAAUAUCCUGACUCCUACAUGUACGGAGCCUGGGGUCGGGAUCCCAAACCAGAAGCAGGGAAGGAGAGCUGGUAUUGGCUGGUACCGAUGACCUCCAGCAACAGAUACUGCAACUACGUCCGUCUGUACUCCAGCCUGAGCUCUCUCAUUGUUGGAGUGAGCGUCCCAGGUAAUGUUCAGAUCCACUCCUCUAACCCAACCACCAACACCAUCCAGGGUCCAAAUGUUGUUCUGUAUGGAGGAGCCUUAUACUACAACUGCUACAACCAAGAUGCUGUUUGUCGAUUCAACCUCACCGCUAAAAGUAUUACCACCUUACAACUACCCAAAGGCACCAGAUUUAACUCAAAGGGAAACUUCUGCCACCUUGAUGAAUGCUACCCAUUUACUGACUUGGACCUGGCGACAGAUGAGUCUGGCGUCUGGGUGGUCUACACCACCAACCAGGACUUUGGCAACCUGGUGCUAUCCAAGGUGGAGAUGGGUGAAUCAAUGACUCUCAGCCAAACCUGGCACACCUCAGUCUACAAACAGGGGGUGACCAACACCUUCAUGGCCUGCGGCGUGCUCUACGCGACACGAUACGUCAGCAAACAGGUGGAGGAGAUCUUCUAUUCGUUUGACACUGUGACAAGGGAGGAGAAGUUCAACGUUGGCAUCUUCAUCAACAAGAUGAAGCCCAACAUUUAUGCACUGAACUACAGUCCCGUGGACCAGAUGCUACAUGCUUACUGUGACUCCUAUAUGGUCUCCUAUAAGGUUUUGUUUGGGUGAAUGAAUAAUCCUGCCAUUUUCUAUAAACGCCUGUUUUUGAAUCAUCGAUCUGUAAUAGUGACAAACACAAACAAACAAACAAAC